AACAGUGGUGUGAUCUUUCUUUACCUAAUCCCACAAAACUUUGGCUUCCACUCUUCUGUCCUAUCUCGGUCGGCUGAGCUUCCUAGGCGAGAUUUUCCAACUUAUUUCCUGGCAAACAAUACCUGUCGACGGCAACGUCUUUGGAUCGUUUCGCCUUGUUCCUAUGUUUGAUGUUUUCUCCAAAUGCACAACGUGGUUUUCACAGAAAGAGCUAAAUAAUCCAAUCCGAGUAGAUGUAAAUGAAGCCUUCUUUCCAACGUGGGUGUCUACUUAUGAAGCUGUAAUUGUCGAACACUCGACCCAUCAGUGUCGAGUGUUAUGAUCCGUGCAUUGCUAUACGUCAUGGAAUACGAAAUCCUCCGGUUUCUGCAUUGAGUUUGCAGACAAAGGUUUCUCAGCUUUAGGAAUGGCGAAUGUUUCGUUCUCCUACCCGUCCUUCGGUUUCGACGAAGGCCGUGUUCUUGAUGAUCGUGAUAAAGAGAGAAGAAGGGCUAAAGGCGCGCGAGAGCAUCGAGGUGAAGAUAUCGCCGAGCUCGAUCCUUUCUUCUCAGGGUUUGGAAGUCGGCAAGAGAAUUUAAGCGGCAAAGGAGUCCAUCUGUCCGGCCAAUCGCAGGUCGGGGCGAACUCUGUGGUCCUUGAUCAGAUGAAUCUGAAUGUUUCCUCUCCACCAGUAUUAGGAUCUGAGGACAGUCCGGAAUUCGGGAAUGCGCAAAAACCGAUGAUGCCUUCGAAGACGAAGGCAUCUUUGGAGCUCCUCAGCAACUAUUGGACGGUGCUCAAGAAGCCGAAGAGAGACGAACCGGCGGAGCCGAAUCGCGAGGUUCCGGUAAGCCAGCCGAAGCUGUCCACGGAAGAGAUAAUGAGAGUGGCUGGGACUCGGUACCUCCAGUUUCAAGAUCAAAGGGACAACUAUUUCUCCCUGCUCACACACCCUUUCGGCCCCGCUUUUUCGGGCCUCUCCGAGGAAGACUUGAGAGAGGUCCAACUCGUUCAGUUGCUUCUAGCGGCGGCUGAGAAAGUAGGCGACCAACAAUUCGACCGCGCCAGCAGUUUGCUUUCGUAUUGUGAAUUGUUGGCGUCCAAGCGAGCGAGCCCGGCACAGAGAAUCGUCCUGUACUUCGCGGAGGCUCUCCGAGAAAGGAUCGAUAAAGAAACUGGACUGAUGAUCAGUACCAAGGGAUUCGAAGGAAACACGGGAAAGGAUGAUUUAAGUCAAGGCUUGAGCACUAGUCUCACAAAUCUUAAAUGCCACGCGCAACUUCCCUUCAAUCAAGUCACUCAAUUCACUGCGCUGCAAGUAAUCAUCGAGCAUACAGUGUCGGCAACCCGAAUCCAUUUGAUAGAUCUCCAAAUAAGAAGCGGAAUCCAGUGGAUAGUGUUGAUGCAAGCUCUCGCUGAACGGAAUGGAGAUCCGGUUGAGCUUCUCAAGAUAACCGCGGUCGGGUCGGCAGGCAGAGAGAAGAUAGAAGAGGCAGGGAAGAGACUAGCAAGCGUCGCGGAAUCAAUGAAAAUUCCCUUUUCGUUCGAAGUAGUCUUUCUGCCAAACUUAGAAGACAUUAGGGAAGAGCUAUUUAACAUAGAGGACGGCGAAGCCAUAGCAGUCUACGCAGCAGUGGUGCUGAGGACUAUGCUCUCGAGACCAACUUCCCUCGAGAAAAUGAUCGGCGUCAUCAGGAAUCUCAACCCGUCUGUGAUGGUGCUGACCGAAGUGGAGGCGAACCACAACUCUCCUUCCUUCUUGGCCCGCUUCAUCGAAGCCUUGUUCUUCUACAGUGCGUUCUUCGACUGCCUCGAGACGUGCAUGGUUCAUGAGGUCAAGUACAAGACCAUCGCGGAGGAAAUGUUCAGCAUUGGGAUCAGGAACAUAGUCUCGGCGGAGGGCCACGAGAGGUUCACGAGGAACGUGAAGAUCGACGUGUGGAGGGCGUUCUUCGCAAGGUACCGAAUGGUCGAGAUCGAGUUCAGCGAGGUCUCACUCUAUCAGGCCAACCUGGUCACGAAGCAGUUCGCUUGUGAGAGGUUUUGCACGCUCGACCGAGACGGCAAUUGCCUGCUGGUUGGCUGGAAAGGGACCCCGAUCCUCUCUCUCUCGGCUUGGAAGUUUCGGUGAGAGAGAGAGAGAGAGGAAUAUGAAUGCCUUCAAAAGUUCAUUGAAGCAUGAAUCUUGAUCUGCAAACAGCAUAACAGUCUCUUUCUGAAUUACUUCUUGUACUUGGGAACCAGUUCGCUCCUCUGAACGGUGUUUUCGAGACAUGCUCUCUCUAAGAUUGCGAAUCCGAGUCGUCGAGAUGAUUCGGACUGGAGAGAUCCUAGAAGGGAUCAGUGUAAUGUUUGAUCAAUAGAGAUGAAUUAUAGCUGCAAACCUUGUAA